UCUGCUGUUCCUCUUCCUCUGGUCCGGCAAUCUGUUAGUUUCCCUUAUUACUUUCACAUCCCCCCCCCCCGUAUUUCUCUUUGCUCAUAUUUGCCAUUUGUGUUUCGUGAUCUUAACAACACUUUCGCUGUCCUUUCCUUUCGCCUUUCCUCCUCCUGGCCAAUUCCAAUUCUCUCCCUUUUCCAGAUAUCCGGUGUCGGUGUGCGCAUCUGUCCAUUCUUGUCCGCCACUCCCUCACCGCGCCAUCUGUCGUAGUCGAUCCUCUUGUUUUCCCUUUAUUAGCACCAAGAACACCACGACGGCCCCUUCGACGACGGCCGCUCCCAUGCCUACCUCAACUUCCCAGGAUUCUCCUUCAGCUCAGCAACCUGCUCAGGUAUCCUCUGCGACCGCUGCUUCUGCGGCCGCGACGGCUGCGGCUGCUUCGGCUGCCGUGGCAAAUCCCCCCAUGAACGGCACCACCACUCGUCCUUCUGAAGAGUUGUCCUGCCUGUGGCAGGGUUGCUCGGAGAAGUGCCCGUCCCCUGAAGCUCUUUAUGAACAUGUGUGCGAGCGUCACGUCGGCCGCAAGAGCACAAACAACCUCAACCUGACCUGCCAAUGGGGCAGCUGUCGCACUACUACUGUCAAGCGCGACCACAUCACCUCUCACAUCCGCGUGCAUGUACCGCUUAAACCACACAAGUGUGAUUUCUGUGGAAAAGCCUUCAAGCGCCCCCAGGAUUUGAAGAAGCAUGUCAAGACCCAUGCCGACGAUUCAGUCCUGGUCCGGUCGCCGGAGCCUGGAGCCCGGAAUCCGGACAUGAUGUUCGGUGGAGGUGCCAAGGGCUAUGCGACCGCUACGCACUAUUUUGAGCCCGCGUUGAACGCGGUCCCCAGCCAGGGCUAUGCGCAUGGCGCUCCCCAGUAUUACCAAUCUCACCCUCCCCCUCAGCCUGCCAAUCCGUCCUACGGGAACGUCUACUACGCCCUGAACCACGGCCCAGAGGCUACCCACGCUUCUUAUGAAUCCAAGAAGCGCGGCUACGAUGCCCUGAAUGAGUUCUUUGGCGACCUGAAACGGCGUCAGUUCGACCCGAACUCCUAUGCUGCCGUCGGCCAGCGUCUGCUGGGCUUGCAGAGUCUGUCGCUCCCUGUGUUGAGCAGUGGGCCCCUGCCUGAGUACCAGCCGAUGCCUGCGCCAGUGGCCGUUGGUGGUGGCGGAUACAGCCCCGGGGGUGCUCCCUCCGCACCGGCCUACCACCUGCCGCCCAUGAGUAACGUGCGGACCAAGAACGAUCUGAUCAAUAUCGAUCAGUUCCUGCAGCAGAUGCAGGAUACUAUAUAUGAGAACGACGACAAUGUGGCUGCUGCUGGCGUUGCCCAGCCGGGCGCUCAUUACGUUCAUGGUGGCAUGAGCUACCGUACCACCCACUCGCCUCCCACCCAGUUGCCGCCCAGCCAUGCGACAGCCACCAGCUCUGCCUCAAUGAUGCCAAACCCUGCCACCCACUCGCCUUCCACAGGUACUCCCGCCCUCACGCCGCCGUCCAGCGCUCAGUCGUACACCUCCGGUCGCUCCCCUAUCUCCUUGCCGUCGGCGACAAGGGUCUCGCCGCCUCACCAUGAAGGAGGUAGCAUGUACCCUCGUCUGCCGUCCGCUACAAUGGCUGACAGCAUGGCGGCCGGGUAUCCGACCGCCUCGAGUACCGCCCCGCCGUCUACCCUCGGGGGCAUCUUCGACCACGAUGAUCGCCGCCGGUACACGGGUGGCACGCUGCAGCGCGCUCGUCCAGAGACUCGUCAGUUGAGCGAGGAGAUGGACCUUACCCAGGAUAGCAAGGAUGAGGGUGAACGUACUCCUAAGGCCAAAGAAAACUCUUCGCCAUCAUCACCCGAGCGCAUCUCUGCUAGCUUGAUCGACCCGGCUCUUUCGGGCACUGCUGCGGAAGCUGAGGCAACCCUGCGGACCGCCCAGGCUGCGACGGAGGUGGCCGAGCGGGCAGAUGUACAGUGGGUGGAGAAGGUGCGACUGAUUGAGUAUCUGCGUAACUACAUUGCUUCCCGGCUGGAACGGGGCGAGUUUGAGAACAACGAGGCUGGCGGCGGCAACAGCAGCAGCAGCAACAGCAGCACUCAUGAGCAGACACCGGAGGCCAACCCAGAUACUCAUAUGGAAGGAGUGGAAACAGAGGCUCCAAGUAAGGCCGAGGAACCGGCUGUGAAGCCGGAGACAGGUGACGUGGUGAUGUACCCGACACUACGUGGGGUAGAUGAAGAUGGCGAUUCGAAGAUGCCUUAGCUUGUUUGCUGGACAAUAUUUCCUUCUUUCUCUCUGGGCUUAUAUUCUGUUAUAUUUGAUUCUUCCGGAGCGAGUACUUCCGGUUGCUACGAACUGUCUGGGUGCUAGUUUGAUUCCCUGUCCACGUGCACGUGGUAACGCAGUGUGAUUACACCCAUGGGCCCUGGGCCGUGUAUAUGUGGGCCCAGCCCUGGGAUUUACUUCCUUUCAUUUACGUCUCCUCUCUCAUUCCUUGCGGUUUCUUUUAACACGGAGUUCUGUUGGAGGUGUGUGUAUGGAUGGCGCCGCGGAAUGCAUGGGACACGGCGCCGAAUCCAAAUGGCGUCCCAUCUGGCUAGUUAUCUUCUCAUUCAAAGACAAAC